CAGGGUGUUUAGGGACUUGUAUGCCGUAGGCUUACUUUGAGUGAAAAUCAGCACCUUCUCUUCGAUCCAGAUUAGGACACCCGUACUUACUGUGCUCGAUGAUCCGGAAACAAUAAACUUCAAAUCCGGAUCAGAGAAGAUUGUGGUUAAAACGAACAUCGCCCAGUGAUAAGAACACGCCGUGCCCUUCUCCUUGCCUACGACGUCGCUAACCAAUGCGUCAGAAAGCAUGAAGAGCGUAUAGUCUGUUCCGCUGUUACGUACGAAAAUUGUCUCAAAGUGAGAUUUCAUCGCUUCACGACCAUACACUGCCAAGCAGACAAUAGCACGGACCACUUCAGACAGUCUAGUCCGUGUUUAACACAACAAUGGAAGUGCCACGGCGGCCAGCGAGAGAGGACUUGUUCGAUUCUGUAAUGCGCGAAAUACGGUGCAUGGAUCGAUCCCGGGUUUCACGGCACGGUAUUGCGGAUUACGCGGCUUACAGCAGGACAGCAUCUUUCGACUCAAACCGUAAUAGCUCGUCAAACAGUAGCAGCGGUUCUGCAGUAACUAAUAGGCACAAAGCGCCGUCUGACCCUCCCCCUUUACCACCAGGCCCACCAAUGAAACCAAUUAGGCGCAAUAAACCACCUGUGUCACCUAAACCAACCGAAUUACGAGUACUGGAGAGAAAAAGUACGAUGGAUGAACAACGAAUGAGCACCGAGCUGCACGAGAUCUUAGAGUCCGCCUUCCCAGACGACACGAGGAAGCGAGGAUCAUCCGCUCCUCAUCCGACUCCAGAGCACGAUCUUGAGUCAGAUGACCAGGGGAGCAAAAGUGCGACUUUAACAGCUGGCAUGGUACCUACAUACGAAACUAUAGAAGCCGCUCCAAUAGCAUACAUUGAUGAUUUCGAGGAAGAUGCAAAGGAAGAUAACGAAACUCUUCAUAAUGAUGUUGCUCCGGACAGCGUCUCGUGCUACAGUUUCUUGUCUGACGAGAGCGAAUGGGACGUGACAGACGACAAUGUAUCUCGAUGCUCAAUGGCAAGUGGCGAGUUGAUUGACGUGAAGACGAAGGAAAACAACAGCAAACAAAACGCGGGAAAGCGAUUCAAGAAGAAGUUUUCGAAAGCUGCGGCUCAUAAAGAUAAAGUAGGGGCGCUUUGGGACGCUGCUGCUGGAAGUGCUUCUGGUCAAUUGAAGAAAUUAAAGCAGAAGAGCAUGCGGUUCAAGGAUGUAAAGGGAACCUCAAUGAGUCUGCCAAGGUUUACGAAAACUGGAAGUGGAAAAAGUAUCGACAGCGCGAACCUCAGCAAUAGUCCUUCUUCAAACGGCCACGGGGAAGAUUACAAGCUCUCGCCGCUCCAAGAAAACUCUUCUACACUACCUACCGGACAUAAAGGUAGCCCGAGUAGCAGCCACCAGGAGGGGCUGAAGAGUGGAUAUUUAAAAAAGCUCGGCAGUAACAAUUUUAAGAACUGGUCCGAACGCUGGUUUGUGGUGAAGGGGGAUUCGCUACAUUAUUACAAAGACCCGGAAAGCAAGCACUUGGGCACCAUACCGCUUCUGGGAUCGAAAGUUAACGUCUUGCCGGCAAAAGCGAAGGACUCGAACAAGUACACCUUCGAAAUUACGCCAGGAGCAGACAGAAUGAAACCAAACAACAACCACGAAUCGUACGUUUUAUCUGCCAACUCACCAGCAGACAUGGAGGAAUGGGUAAAAGUGAUACGGAGAGUUAUCCUUGCGCCGUUUGGUGGAGGAAUUUUCGGACAACGUUUGGACGAAACGAUGAGAUACGACCGUCGUCUUGACUCUUCCGGAUGUGGAACAACAUCCACGGGAUCGAGAUCUGGCUCCAGCAGCCGAGGAUCCCGCCGACAAGUCCCCAUCAUCGUGGAGAACUGCGUGGAGUUCAUUCGAUCCCAUGGAGGACUUAUAGAAGAAGGCCUCUUCCGUCUUCCCGGACACGCUAAUGAAGUAAAGGAGCUGCAGGACUCUUAUGAUAUGGGGGAACGUCCAACUUUUCCAGGGAACACUGAUGUGCACACUGUGGCUUCGUUAUUAAAGGGAUACCUGCGCGAACUUCCCGAACCAGUCAUUCCAUUCGAAAAAUACGAUCCUCUUAUUGGUGCCGCGAAACUGCUUUCAUCUGACGUCACCGAUGACAUAAGUGAAAAGAAAAACGAAGAAGCACGGAUUCUUUUCCGGGAACAGCUCCAAGCCCUGCCACAGUCCAACUUUGAGUUACUUAGAUACAUCUGUCGUUUCUUGGACGAAGUUCAACAGCAGUCAAAGAAAAACAAGAUGGACGUCAACAAUCUCGCGAUGGUGUUCGGUCCCAACAUCAUGCGGUCGAAACAAGAAGAUCCGAUGCAGAUGAUGUCGGAUGCUAGUUAUGUGCAAGAGGUCAUGAAGCAGUUCAUAUCAAAACACAAAUCAUUUUUCCCUGAUGACAUUGAAAACAAUUCAAACAUUCCUUCAAUACCUGACGUAGCCGUUGACGCGGAGGGAAUUCCCCCUGACGCUGGGUUUGGAACCCUUACCCCAACCACUUCACCCCUCGGGACAUUGGGGCAGCGACACGCAACGGAUGAUAGUGGGACUGGAAGUCUGGGUCCUACCCCCGAGAAUACUUCGAAACGGGCGGCUCCACCGGUACCUGUUGUCCCGCCCCCGAUCCGAGGCAAACCCUUCAAGCCUCUGCGAAGAAAACAUAGUGGUUUGGAUGUGGAAGGCGCAGAUCAACGAAAGUCGGUCUAUGAUAACGUCACCGCUUCCUCACAGGCGGGCAGUGACAUCACUCCGACUAAAGCACUUUCUGCUAGGUUAAACAAUGACUGGCGUAAAAGUAACGAAAGCGGAGCAUCUCCUAGCGUUUCCGUUCCAACAGAGGAUUCGUAUUACGUUAACAACGUAAGUACACCAUCCGUUCAAUCAGCCAAUAUAUCCGACUCGCCACGUUCCUCAACCAACGCCGUCGCUGGUAGCGUCGGUGAGCGGGAUUCGUUUCACUCUAACCCGGCCAACGAUCAACCAUUACCCCGAUCCCGGGCCGGACGUCGCAAGGGACGCAUUCGUUCUAUUGAUGAAAAUCUCAGCGACGAAGAAUCAAACACCGAAUCCGUACCACCAGACGACCGAGCAUUUUCCACUCUUUCAAGCCACCGAGGAAGCAUACCAACCGAGGCCGACUUGCACCGUGAUCCUCGCACUGUGAUAGAUACCCGUUCUCCCGGCGGCCGACUCAGUCGUUCCGACCUCGCUAGUCGAUCAUCUGUAGGUUCUGGGAGCGAUGGAGGAUCCCAUUUUGUCCCCAAAGUUCCAUCACGUACCCACCGACGAAACAAAGCUUCCAAUAGCCAGGAUUCUGGCAGUCGACCGAACUCCCGAGCUGAAACUGACUUGACAUCGGCCAGCGCGGCUAUUCGCGAUCGUGACGUCAUAGUGCCCUUCUCUGCAAGAACCUCGCAUGCAAUGUCAUCAGAAUCACCGAGUGUGUGUGGACAACCAUUGUCGUAUAAAGAGAUGGAGGAACACGUAAAAGUACUUCAGGAGGAGCUUCGAAAGCAAAGACUGGAACAUGAGAAACGAUCCCGGAUGUUGGAGGAACACUACAUCAUGAAGAUGAAGUCUUCUACUUCAAUAUUCCCAUCUUCUCCAACCUCCAUGGGACCUAUUGAUCUUCCGCUAGGUCGCGGUAGAAUUUUCUCCAACGGUGAAGAAUCCAUUGGGGAGUCGUGCACUACUUCAGUGUUGGAGCAACAACUUGACCAAUCUAUGUUAAGCAGACAGAGCACAGAGUCAGUAACUGAAUUAAGGUACAGAGAGGAGGUUAAACGUCAUGCAAUGACGCGCAUCAGACUACGAAAUGCCGAGCGUGGUUUGAAACAAGCAGAGGAGAGGAACCAGCAGCUUCAGAAAGAGAUGGAGGAGUUUUUUAACACAUUUGGCGGAAUGCUCGCUAACAACGUGUAGUGAACCAAGAUUCGUAAUCAAGUUACUGUAGUAAAAAUCGCCGCUGGGCGGCCCAAACUGUUUCACCGCAUCAGCGAUUUCUCGUGCAAUCAUUGUUUUAUCCCAUUGACGACACAUCGAUGACAUUACGCUUCGUGACGUCAUCAAACUGCGCAAUUGUUCAGUCAUAUAUACAAUACUGUUAUCAUGUAUCCCAAAGGACGGCACCGCGUGCUCAAUUUAUUUCGCUAACGCAGCCGAGCUGCAUAAACCUGUAUGAUUUCAAUCCAAAGCCCGAAAGCAAAACAUCGGAUCUUCAUUUCGUACGCUGCUGGUGUCCUCUCGUUCGCUGUGUAUCGGUCGUGACCGAGUAUUUAGUCGGGAUUUUCUUUUUAUUUCUUCCGCAUGCUGCACUGUUCGACCUCGUGUCCUUCUGUGGCAUUAGCCCAAUGAAUGGACGACGUGCACUGUGUCGUAAUAGACUGUGCAUCUGCUCUGCAAAACGGCUGUCGUUUCAUGGCCGCUUUUCUUAUGUUUAUAUUUAUUAAUCAAACAGGUUAAAUUUUUACCGUUUCCCAUUGGUCGAGCCCUGUCACGUUACCAGUGUUUCGUUAGCGCGCAUUCCAUUAUAAAGUUUCAGUUUCGGUAUGGACGAAAUAAACUUUCAAACGAGGAUA